AUGUCGGACUACAGUCGCAAGCAAAAGGGGUGUAAAGACACCUCCCCAGGCAGGGAAAGUUGUCUGGAAUCAACACACUCCGCUGAUACAGGUCCACAUCGCAUGGGGAAAUGUCAGACUUGGUUGACAUCAGCCGGAUUAAGGUCUAUCGAUCUCACAACCCAGAAAGUAAACACGUUCAUUUCCAGCUCAAUUGGGCGAGAUACUGUUCUCGGUUCUAUUGAAUACCUAUCACACGCUCUACAUUACAUUAUUCUCUCAAGGAUCUGGAGAAAAGCUAUAGCUCACCUACAUGCUCUCCUGAGACUCACGCAAAGGCAUAACCCUACCUCAUGUCCAGGCCAAUCCGCAUCGUCACCGCUACUGUCGCUUUCGUCUAUAAUGUUCGACGCUCGUUCCACUAUACGCCUCCUUGGAUUAUUCUCGAUAUGGACUUGGGGCUCAGAAACCACGGAGACCCCACCUCUGGAUCAGAUCAUCCGAGGACUAACACGACUUCAGUUGUUGGCGUCCACAACGUACCAACUUCUGGAAAACGUCGCUUUCCUUAUGUCAAAGGAUGUUUUGCCGACAAGGCUAUGGGGGAGAAGGAUUGAGAUUGAGAAACUAUAUUUUUGGAGCCUUCGUGCCUUGGGUGUUCAUAUGGUGCUGCAGUUAGGGAAGCUCUGGCGUGAGAAAAUCAUUGACCGAGAAGGGGAGAGUGGGACUAUAGCCAACGAGGAAGAUGCGCAAGCACUAUCGCGGAGGGAGGAAAUCCGUACAUGGAGGAAGAGUCUGGUAUCCAGCUUUACUUGGGCAACGCUUUGUGCACACUGGGGUAUGCCUGCUGGAAUUGGGAUUCCGGAAUCCUUCAUAGGGGCAUUGAGCUUUGUUGCGGAUGCUUGGGAAUUAAAGGACACGUGGAGCUCAAUUGAGGUUGCGCAGGUCUGA